AUGGCGGCGCCGGGCCCGGGGGCUGGGGCAGCCGCGGGCGGCGCUAGCGGUGGUGGCGCCGGCGCCAGCGCGGGCUCGGGGUCCUCCGGGGUCGGCGGCCGGUUGCCCAGCCGGGUGUUGGAGUUGGUGUUCUCCUACCUGGAGCUGUCCGAGCUGCGGAGCUGCGCCCUAGUGUGCAAGCACUGGUAUCGCUGCCUCCACGGUGACGAGAACAGCGAGGUGUGGCGGAGCCUGUGCGCUCGCAGCCUAGCAGAAGAGGCUCUGCGCACGGACAUCCUCUGCAACCUGCCCAGCUACAAGGCCAAGGUGCGUGCUUUCCAACAUGCCUUCAGCACGAAUGACUGCUCCAGGAAUGUCUAUAUCAAGAAGAAUGGCUUUACAUUACACCGGAACCCCAUCGCUCAGAGCACCGAUGGUGCAAGGACCAAGAUUGGUUUCAGUGAGGGCCGCCAUGCCUGGGAAGUGUGGUGGGAGGGCCCUUUGGGCACUGUGGCAGUGAUCGGGAUUGCUACGAAACGGGCCCCCAUGCAGUGCCAAGGUUAUGUGGCAUUGCUGGGGAGUGAUGACCAGAGCUGGGGCUGGAAUCUGGUGGACAAUAAUCUACUACAUAAUGGGGAAGUCAAUGGCAGCUUUCCACAGUGCAACAAUGCACCAAAAUAUCAGAUAGGAGAGAGAAUCCGAGUCAUCCUGGACAUGGAGGAUAAGACUUUAGCUUUUGAGCGUGGGUAUGAGUUCCUGGGGGUUGCCUUUCGAGGACUUCCAAAAGCCUGCUUAUACCCAGCAGUCUCCGCAGUAUAUGGCAACACAGAAGUGACUUUGGUUUAUCUUGGAAAACCUUUGGAUGGAUGACAGUGGCUUUCUGGAAAGAAAGACAGUGGAGAAGAGAUCUACUUGUGGAAAGUAGAACCAUGAAGUGAUAGUAUCAUGUGUGCAUGCCCAAGAAACAUCCUGAAGACACAUGAAGUUGAGAACUGGAGAAGCAACUCUACCACAGAGAUGGUCAUAGCGUUUCCUCUUUCUACUGGGCCAGAAAAUCCUCAGGGUUGCAGUUGGUUGAGUGGGCAGUUGACAUAUGCAUGUUGCCACAGAGUUUUCUCUAAGUUAGCAGUGUGUUACUUCCAGCUUAAAGGUGAGCAUGUAGAGAUGCCACAGGAGGGAAUCGCAAGAGUUUAUGUAGUGUUCAUGGAGAAGGCUCGGUCCCAUCUUACAGCUGCCUGUUCUUUCUCCAGUCCCUUUAUUUCUAGCCAGCUUGACUUAGAAAGUAUGAAACUGGCUGGAUUUUAUUUAAUAUUUUUAAUAUAUCGAGAAGCAUGGUCUGCCUGGACUGCACUUCUCUAGCAAUGAGAAAUAAAAUUGUGCAGCUAUUUUAAAAGUUGUAUAUAUAAUGUGUGUAAAAACUGUAAAAAAAAAAAUAAGGGACAAAGGCAUUGCUUUGUUCUACUUCAGUUUCUUAAAAAUCACUACAUGGUACAAAAUUACAGUGACAUUUGGGGACAGUAGGGUAACAGAGAAAAAGAGGAGACAUGUUGUACUGGCUCAUUUGAUAGUGUUUUGGGCUUAUAGUCCAUGGCUAUAACAGAAUUAUGAUAAAGGUCCUCAUUUGGUUAAAGACUGGGAAAGCAGAUCUACUUAGAAUUAUGCAUAUGCCAGCAAGGCUGAUUCAGAAGUAAUAGGAAUGUGCCUCUUGGCAUCUGGCUUUAGUCUUUGGCCUUCUGAGAAAACUGGUCUCCACACAGAACAGUUUGAGCUGCUCCUACAGUACUCAGUAUGUACGUCUUACAUGAGCACUAUUGAUGUAAACCCUAGGAGAACACAUGGUCAGCGGUUCUUUUAUUUCUUAACUUUAUAAUGCUGUAGUUGUUAUGAAGAAUUUUUAAUUUCAUAUUGUUUACAUUAUACAACGUUCGAAGCCUCAAAUUCUCCAUUGAGGCUGUCAUGAAAUGUUUACUCGCCCAUCUGAAACAGUGCCAGCCUGAACCCAGGUUAGGAAUAUUCUUAAUCACCUAGGUGUUGCCCCCAUGGGACUUAAUGCUGAAAACUUCAGGUUGGCAACAAUAUGAAAGCUUCAUUGGAAAGAGGUGAACGUUAUUUCCUAUUUGGACCCAUAAACCUUCUCACUAAUAUUCUCUGAAAUUAAUAAUUCAACACAUGAGCUGAGGUGGUUGUUGAUUUUUUUCUUGUGUUAGAACAGAAACAUCUUUCUGUAUAAAAGUAUAAUUAAUAUGGUUCAGAUACAUAAGAAUUGAUGAAGGCAAGUAAAAUCUUUGUACUUUUUA